CAAAGUGAAGUAUAGUGUGUGUUGACAGAUGAUAAAAUAAACAAUCAUGGCGGGGCUGGUUCGAGUAGGAUUUUCUUUAACGAGAAAUGCAAUUUUCUCUACCUCUAUACGUUCAAUAGCAACUACUGCUCAGUUAAAUUUAAAAGCAAUUCGUGAACAAACUGAGGGUUCGACAUUGAUAAUUGACGGGGUAACAGUGCCCUCUCCCCGCACUGAACUCUUGAUUCGUGCGGAACCUCCAGUGCAGGACACGGCUCUUAGCACAUCAGAGAAGCCUCCGUGCUACAUGUGUGCACUCGGUCUCGAUGUGAAGCAUACUGAUGUACUUAUUCUAAGUCAGUUCGUGAGAACAGAUGGAUGUAUGUUGCCACGGAGAAUCACCGGCCUGUGCAGACGACAGCAGAAGAAAAUGGGCAAGUUAGUCGCAAUGGCACAAAAAGCUGGACUUAUGAUGAACCUUACACCUGCAAAUUGUAAGAAAGACCCAACAAAGAGGAGAGAUUACAAGAAGUUCAAUACAUACUUUGAUGAGAGAACUAUAUUUAUGAAGAAGAUUCCCAAGCCAGUGGACAGAUUUAAGCGAUAAGAUUCUUAGAAAAUAUUUUACAAAUAGUAAUAUUAAAUGUGUAAAUUAGUUCAA